AUGUCUUCCAUUCCAGUUCAUGCUUCCUCAUCUGCACCACCAAAACCUCAAGAAAAACAAAUACAACUAUUGUUCAAAGGAAGUGAUCGGAGGAGUGUACCGGCUGAAACAUCAUUUGGCUGGUGCACAGAUAAAUUUUUGGGGCAUGUAACCGAUGACGCAGAUGAAAUAGUAAUCGGAAAGAGGCCAGUGGAGGAUGAUGGUAAUGCUACGUCUGCAAAGCUUUUCAAGAAGAAGGGAGGGAGUACUCAAUCCACCAUUAACUCCAUCUUCAAAAAGAAUUUGAGAGAAGAAGCCUGUAUUGAAAUUGCUUCAUUCUUCUACAACAAUGCCAUAGCUUUUAAUGUGGCAAAAAGUGAAGAAUUUCAAAAAAUGUUGGAGUUGGUUUCAAGACAUGGUCUUGGAUUCAAGGCACCUUCAUAUCAUGAAAUUAGAACAAAGUAUUUGAAAUAUAAAAUGGAGGAGAAAAAGAAAUACUCCGUGGAUUCUGGUGAAAUGCCUGCAAUGGGAUUAAUUUAUGAGGUAAUGGACCAAGCUAAAGAGAAAAUUCAAGCUCAAUGGUGUUCAAAGAAGUUACAAGCCUCUAUGGGAUAUAAUUGA